AUGGCCUUCAAAAGCGGGUCGUUCGCGACCUUCCUCAUCGUCUGCCCAACCUGCUUCUUCCUGGGCAUAAUCUUCUCCCUCUUCCCCUACGACUACCCCAUCCUCUGGUCAACAGUCCUGACCCCAGAGGCACACUAUGACUACCUAGAAGCGCACCUCCGCUUCCUGCACGCCUCGCCCCCACUCAUCCCACGCAUCCUGCACAUCGUAAUCUUCCUCGGUCUAGCCGGCCUCCUCACAAAGCUCUACAAACCCUCCGAAUCAAACAUGCUCUUCGACGGCGCCUCGCUCGUCCUCUACAUGUGCGGCGUGACCGUCUACAUCGCCAACAUCGUCAAGGGACUGCGUCUGGCCUCGGCUGGUCGCUACGGCGCUGAGCUGGCGACUAAUCCAGAGGAGAAGGACCGUAUCCUUGGACGAGAGGAUUCGCUUAAGGUUCUUUCUGCUAGUAAUACGAUUCUGGCGCUUGUGCUGGUCGGUAUUUUGGUUUUGCAGGCUGGGCAGUGGUAUGCGGAGAGGAAGGAUGCGCAGGAGGAUGAGUCGUUUGCGAAGGGGAAGAAGGGGGAGAAGGAGGGUGAGGCUGGUGCGACUGGUUCGUCGACUGCGACCGCUGGGAAGGUUGGUCGUCAGGGGAGUUCGCGGAAGAAGAGCAAUUGA